CUAUAUAGCUCAGCGUUGCUAUCUUAACGUUAACUUUGCUAGUUUCUUCAUUGGCUAGCUAACCAGCCUUUUUUUCUUUUCAAGUACUCGAUCAUUAUGGACUGUAAGAAACCAGUGCUGCAAGACGAGCAGCAAACCUUACAAUUUCAGAUGAAAUCUGAAGCUUUUAAUAUAAUACAUCAAAGACGGUCUGCCAAUUACGAACCAAAUAUAUGGCAAUGCGAUUUCCUGGAAUCACUUGAUAGCAUUUACGAUGAACCGGAAUGUAAAAAACGUGCAGAGAAGUUAAUAGAAGAUGUAAGAUCAGUUAUAUUUGGAAAAGCUGUAGAACUUGACUCCCUGGCUCAGUUGGAGCUGAUUGACAGCUUGGAAAAGUUGGGUUUAGCCGGUCACUUUGAAGUGGAAAUCAAGGAGGCGCUAGGAAUCAUAGCAAUAUCCAUGAAGCAGAAAAAUGGGAAUCUUAAUGGAGAUGAUGAUCUCUACGCUACUGCUCUGUGCUUUAAGCUUCUCCGGCAGCAUGGCUAUGAUGUUUCACAAGAUAUGUUUAGCAACUUCAUGGAUGCAAAUACGGGAGCAUUCAUCAGGAAAAGCAAACACGAAAAUAUCAAAGGAAUGCUGGAGCUCUUGGAGGCCUCACAUGUAGCGUUAGAAGGUGAAAACUUUCUGGAUGUGGCUAGAGAAUUCUCAACCACAACUCUCGAAGAAACCCUUUCAAAUUUAGACGGUUUCCUUGCGAAGCAGGUGAUCCAUGCAUUGGAGCUUCCCUCACAAAAGAGGGUGCAAUGGUUUGACGUCAAAUGGCACAUCGGUGUCAAAGAAAAACACAGGGACAUGAACUCUAUUUUGCUUGAACUUGCUAAACUUAAUUUUAACAUAGUUCAAGCCACGCUCCAAAAAGACCUAAGGGAACUAUCCAGGUGGUGGAGGAAUCUGGGUCUCGCGGAGAAUUUGACUUUUGCAAGAGAUAGACUUGUCGAAAGUUUCGUCUGCUCGGUGGGCCUUGCGCACGAACCUCAGCACAGCUGUUUCAGAAAAUGGCUAACAAAAGCCAUUAAUUUUAUACUGAUAAUUGAUGAUGUCUAUGACGUUUAUGGCGUAUUGGAAGAACUCGAAAUCUUCACCAUUGCCGUAAAUAUGUGGGAUGUCAGUGAAACUAAAAUGCUUCCGGAGUGCAUGCAGAUUUGUUUCCUAGCACUCUACAAUACGACAGAUGAUUUCGUCAAUGAAAUCCAAAGAGAGAAGGGUUGGGACCAGUUAUUACCAGUACAUGUAAAGAAAGUGUGGACAGAUUUUUGUAACGCAUUAUAUGUGGAAGCAAAGUGGUACACCACGGGCUACACUCCAUCCCUACAGGAAUAUCUAAGCAACGCAUGGAUUUCAUCAUCCGGCUCUGUGUUGUUUGCCUAUGCGUUUUUCUGUCUAGAGCAUAAUAAAGUCAAGAAAGCUGAGGAAUACGAGAAUUUCAUGGAGAAAAGCAAGGACCUCCUGUAUAAUAUAUCUGUCAUAGUUCGACUCUGCAAUGAUCUGGGAACUUCAUCGGCCGAAGUUGAAAGAGGAGAUGCUCCAUCAUCAAUCGUAUGUUAUAUGAGAGAGAAGAAUGUUUCAGAGGAAAUGGCUCGGAAGCAUAUCAAAGGCAUGAUAGACGAAAGCUGGAAGAAACUAAACGGGGAAUGCUUAACGCAGAUGCCCAUGCAGCUCAUGCAAACAUUUGUGAAUAUCGCACGUGUGGUGGAGGGCCUUUAUCACAAAGGAGAUGGGUUUGGUGUUCAAGAUGGAGACAAGCGGAACAAAAUCAAGUCCUUGCUACUUGAGCCUCUCUGAUGCUCGAUCUAGUACUUGAAUUGAAAUCUCAUGCAUGUUAUAUAUAGGAACAAACAUCCUGGCUAUAACGCUUUGGAUUAAACAUACUUAGAAUCUAAAUAAAGAUGGUUUUGUGCGUGCCCUUGUCUCUGUCAUUUAAAUAAAGAUAAUUAGGGUCAUUUUAGUUUGUGAUCUUUGAUAAAAGUACCGAUCCAUCUGUGUUAGUUUUCUCAUGUGAGUUCACAAAUAUAAUCUGUUGUUUAAAAAUA